UCCUUCCUGUGAUUUUGCUUAUAUAAAUAAUUCAUAAUCCCACGUUCCACUUUUAAUUCCCACCACUAUUAUUCUCACAUCUUCUCUUUCUGUCAAUGUUAUCGUCUCUGCACCAACUUCAACGCAUAAACACGACAAAGGCUUCCCCUAUCCUGUCGAACAUUCGCAAAUUCUAGAGAUGGACGUUGCGGGUGGCUAAAUCUCCUUCUCCAGCUUGACCUUUAAUUAUACAGAGAUGCGUCUGAGAAGAAACAACAUUACUUUAACACCAAUCUUAGAUCCUAACUUUUGUAGAAGCGAAGCCAUUGGUAUGGAAUAUGAACUAGAUUGUGCUGGACAACAUCAUCAUCAUUCAUCAGCUGUCUCUACAACCGCUACAUUAUUCAUUCCUUUGUCUUUGAAAAUCCAUAUACGUGACGGGUUUCACGAUAUUCUUUAAUACCAUUUUCAUACACACACACAAAAAGAACUUACUUUAGUUAAAAUUUUAAAUUGUUCAGAAGAUUAGUCAAGAGAUGCAGGCUUUUGUAAGUGGGAAGAAAAGAGUUGUAUUAAAUGACAACAUGUGUUUCUCCAAAGACAAUCUUGAAGUUAGUACAGAGUUCUUGUCUGAGAAUUACCGGGACAACCCUUUGAUCCCGGGCUUGUCUGAUGACGUCGCGAAGUUGUGUCUGGCGCUUGUUCCGCGUAGUAGCUUUCCUUCCAUGGGACGUGUCUGCAAGAAAUGGAGGUAUGUUGUGAAGAGCAAAGAGUUCAUUACUGUGAGAAGACUUGCCGGUAUGCCCGAGGAGUGGCUCUAUGUUUUAACAGCGAAAGCUGGAGGGAAAGAUAGCCACUGGGAGGUGUUGGACUGUCAGGGACAUAAACUAUCAUCUCUUCCACCUAUGCCUGGUCCUGCCAAAACAGGGUUUAAGGUGGUUGUGGUUGAUGGGAAGCUCCUUGUCGUUGCUGGUUGCGCCUUGAUCAACGCUUCUCUUGUUGCAUCUUCUGAUGUUUAUCAGUUUGAUACUUGCCUCAACAGCUGGAGUAGACUAGAAGACUUGAAGGAAGCACGCUAUGACUUUGCUUGCGCUGAGGUGAAUGGGCUUGUUUACGUGGUGGGAGGUCACGGUGUUGACGGUGAGAGUCUGUCGAGUGCAGAGGUGUAUGAUCCAGAGACUGGUGUCUGGACUUGCAUAGAGUCUCUGAGGCGUCCGAGAUGGGGAUGUUUCGCUAGCGGCUUCAACGGGAAGCUAUACGUGAUGGGUGGGAGAUCUAACUUUACUAUUGGUAACUCUAAACUUGUUGAUGUGUAUAACCCUCAGUGCGGCUCCUGGUCUGGCAGCAAAAACGGUUUAACUAUGGUGACAGCUCAUGUUGAAGUAGGAAAGAAGCUGUUCUGUAUUGAUUGGAAGAACCAGAGGAAGAUGUCAGUCUUCAAUGCAGAAGAUGAAACUUGGGAAGUGGUGGCUCUUCCGCUUUCGGGAAGCUCCAGGGCAGGGUUCCAGUUUGGUAAGCUGAGUGGGAAGCUUCUGCUUUUUUCGUCUCAGGGAGAAACUGGUCACAGCACUUUACUGUAUGACCCUGAUGCUGCACCAGGCAAACAGUGGAAAACAUCCGAGAUAAAACUGUCCGGUCCGUGCGUAUGCAGCGUAACAAUCACAGCCUGAUUAAUGUGGUCUUUAUUACAUUUUCGCCAUUUUCCAAAUCAAAGAGAGCAUUGUCUCUUCUAUAAGUUGAUACAGUACUGAUUUCAAAUACUCAGUUUGAAUAAAGUGAAGAGUGUUUUCUUUGAAACUGCUUUAGCGUUCUUGUGGUGUUCCUCCACUGUUUGUUCCUUGUAACAUAUGAUUGUGUUGACUUAUGUUUAAUUUGUGAUUGUAAUUUCCUAAACGAUGUUUGAGGUAAUAUUUUGGAAUUGCUCAAAA